AUGUCGCACACUCAGUUGGCAGCCACAGCCGCCGUGCACAGCGCACGUGAGGACGGCGGGGAGGCAUUGAAGGCACUUGAAGAGGCCAGAACGCUUUGCCAAGAACUCAACGAUCGAAGGCUGGACGGCAUGGUCGCGAAGGAAAUGGCAUUUGCCUUCCUCCAGAGGGGUGCCGUCGCAGAGGCUCAGGAGGCUUGCACCCAGGGGUCCAUGGCAUAUCAAGUGGCCGGCGAUCGACUCGGCGAGGCCUCAGUUCUCAGCUGCUUGGUCCAAGUGAAGAUUAAGAAGGAAGACUUCCAGGGAGCGGCGCAGGCAGCCAAUGAGCAGAAGGCUGUCUACCAGCAGCUGGGAGAUCGUCACAAGGAGGCAUCCUGCUUGCUGGUCGCCGCUGGCUGCCUUUGCAAUGACAACAACUUGGAUUCGGCCAUGGGCAUGGCAGAUGAGGCAUUGGAGAUCUGCAUAGAUGCUGAGGAUCCAAUCGGCGAGGCCCAAGCCAUGAUGGCUCUUGCAGAGAUCUACAGCCAGCGUGACGAUUUGGACAUGGCGGUCAACAAGGCCAAGGAGAUGCGACAACGUGCCAAGGACAUUGGUCAUAGGCUUCUGGAGGCCCAGGCGUGCAAGGCGUUGGCCAACGCGUAUCAGAACGCGGAGCCGGCCCGCUACGUUCAGGCAGUUAGGGCAGCAAACGAGGCUGUCAUCCUUGGCAAGCAGGCUUCCUACAAGCCAAUGAUUGUAGAGAUGCUUCUCGCAUCAGAGGGUCUUGACGGGAAAUCGGUUACCAUCACCGUGGACACGCCAGAAAUCACGCCACCUGAAGAGGCCAGCAUUGAAGCGUACAGGCUUGGCGAGAACAUCGACAACGCAGUGAUCAUGAUGAACUUUCAUGACAUUGUAUACCACAGAAAGGGUCAUCACUCUGAAGUGGGGGUCAGCCAGUACACCUUCAGCCUCUGUUGGCUGGGGCAGGAGGUCUUCUUCCUGGUGCUUUCCACUGUCUUGCGACUUGGUGCAGCUUGCUACUUGUACCAGGCUGCCAACUCCAAAGGCUGUAAGGCAUCCAGCGUGGACAUCUACCUGGUAUUGGGCGGAGUGUUUCUGUGGGCAAUGUCAAGGCUUCAAUACCUCUUUGACAUACUUGAAGAGGUCAUCUACUUCGGCAAGAUGAAAGUGGAGCAUGAGCCUUUCAACAGUGGCUGGGGCUUCUUCCAAACUAUCAUGAUUCUCGGGUUCAAGUGCUUUGUGGAGGUUUUCGUUGGCUAUGCUGGCGGAUACUUCAUCAUUGUGUCAGAACAGAUCUCAGAUGUCAUCUUGAACUGCCUCGCAGCCGAAUUCAUCAGCGACAUUGACGAGAGUAUCUACAAGCAUUUUUCCAGCCCCUUUGCGAAGAAGCUUGUCCAAAGCGCUCCGAGGAUGCCUCCACGAGAUGAGCGCGAAAUCGGGAGGCUUGUCUCAAGUGGGACGGUCUUCGUGAAAUGGGUGGUUUUUGUAGUUGCUCCGAUUGGAACCCACGCGGCGUAUUACUGGUUACCGUCCUGCCAGAACGCAGACAACUAG